CCGAACCUUAAAUCAAAUUCGGCUUGUUGCAAAGUGAUUUGUUUUUGAAAAAGAGGAAAACCUGACCGCGAAUUUGUUGCAAGAAUUUCAAUUCCAGUAAUACAUUCCAAAAUUUCCACAAAGCAUGCGUUCAAUUCUUACCACUGCCGUCUUAUUGGCUGGCAUUUUGAAAAUUUGUGGUGCGCUGGAACUCAACUGUACUUACACAACACGAUCAUAUGACUUCAUCGGCAGUGUUUACGAAUGUGAUGCAACUAUAUCCGCGGGCGAUAUUGACAAAUUAACAUCGGUGUCUGGCACUCAUCAAGCUGGAAAGGCGCAUGCAAACAUUAUUGCCCUACGUAUAACCUAUCAGAACUUGCAAUCAUUUCCGGUGAACGUGGAAGCAUUUUUCCCAAACCUCCGAGUUUUACAGUUGUACGGAAAUUCCAUUUCUGAAGUGAAGAACGCUCACUUAGCACCGUUUCCGACGUUGGUCUAUCUGAACCUAUACAGAAACAAAAUAUCAACAAUUUCCGGUAACCUUUUCGAUGGUCUCGAUUCGUUGCAAUACGUUAGCUUCGAAAGCAAUGACGUUCGUCAUGUGGGCCACGACCUUGCUCUGCCGAAAGAUGGGCUCAUAUUUUUCGAUACUAACCCGUGUAUCAAUGUGCGAGCCUCAACACCUGACCAAAUUGAAGCUUUGAGAUUCAACAUACUAAUCAAUUGCACAUUGAUAGCGCCAAUAGAGGCUGCCUUAGAGCGUCGUCAGAAUGUGCUUACAUCUGUGAAUGAUCGAGUUGGAAAUCUGGAAGCCAGACUCGACCUAUUAGAGCAACGCGAAUCGCAACGGGCAGGUGGUGAAUGUUACUGACGUUGUAAAAAUGUAUUUGAUCAUUCAGUGGCCUAAUUGUAUACCCUAAUUUUCUUUGACCAAUAAAAACUACUUUUCAGCAUCAAAAA